UAGGGUAGUAUCCUUCACGGCAGGAUGUUCUAACCUACGGUGAGCCGCUUAUGUGGCGACGUGUGGGAGGCGAUAAGACUUCCCACCGCGUACUCCGGCUCGGUAACUCGGCCGCCCGCUACGCCUCCCGCACCGCCUUGGACACCCACCAUGUAUAUAUAAAGCCUGCCGCGUCUUCAUCGUUAGAGAACGGCUCGUCAUUCUUUCGUCCCCGCGGCGCAGGUUAGCGGGCGGAUGGAGGUGAUGAGGCACGCCUCCACUUUCCUGCGGCCGCCUCCGCUUACCCCGGCGGCCGACGGGCCCCCGCUAACGUACGCGCUCGUCGUGCUGAACCAGCGUCUCCCUUGGUUCGCGCCCGUCCUGUGGAGCCACGCAACGUUGCGAGUCUUUGCCGAUGGAGGGGCAAAUCGGGUGUAUGACGGGAUGCCGAGGCUCUUCCCUGAGCAAGAUCCGCUUGAAGUUCGGCGCAGGUACAAACCAGAUUUAAUUAGAGGUGACAUGGACUCAAUAAGACCAGAAGUGAAGGAAUUCUAUUCCAACCUGGGUGUCAAAAUAGAGGAUGUGUCUUAUGAUCAGGAUACCACUGAUCUGCACAAAUGUGUAACUUUUAUCUGUGACCUCACACCAAAAUUGGACAGAUCAAAUUUGUGCAUUCUAGUCAGUGGAGCACUUGGAGGAAGGUUUGACCAUGAGGCUGGUAACAUCAAUGUAUUAUACAAGUUCUCAAACAUCCGGAUUGUUCUUCUAUCGGAUGAUUGCCUGAUACAACUUCUACCGAGGACUCAUUGCCAUGAGAUCCACAUCCAGUCAUCGGUAGUGGGCCCACAUUGCGGAUUGAUUCCACUCGGUGCACCAUCAGCGAGCACCACUACGACUGGCUUGCAGUGGGAUUUAACCAACACAAGAAUGAGCUUCGGUAGUCUAAUAAGCACUUCAAACAUUGUGCGUGAGGAGAGAAUAACAGUCCAUUCUGAUUCAGAUCUUCUCUGGACGAUAUCUAUUAAAAAGGAUAUCUGAGUAGUACAUGUAGUACUUUAUUCUAUUUACUUUCCAUGAGUGAUAUAUACAGUGGUGAUUAUAGGUUUUAUUUGGUAACAUUUAUCCCUGUAUUCUGAUUCAAGUGUUUCCAUCAUUUUUCAUCUUCA